UUUUAGGUCCCAUAGGCCAUAAGUAAUUUACUCAAGAGAAAAAAAGUCUACUCGUUAAUAAUUUCUAGAUCUUUCCGCAAGCAACUCUCUUAAAUCUUGAAACGCCAAGUUUCCUUAGAGAAUCAAACAAUUAUUUUGUUUUGAGAUGGCGACAGAACAAGAAGCUGAAGUUGGAACAGAGACAUCAUCUACUUCCGGAAGAUUUUUGAGGAACAGAGAUUUAUAUCUCUUCUUGCCUUUUCUCUUAGGUUUCUCUGAUCAAGAACCAUCAAACGGCGAUGAUGAUGAUGUUGCUUCGUCGCGUGAGAGAAUCAUUUUAGUCAACCCUUUUACACAAGGAAUGAUCGUGCUCGAAGGAUCAUCGGGAAUGAAUCCUCUGCUUCGUGACAUACUGGAGUCACGUGAGGAAGGUCGUCCUCCUGCGUCCAAGGCUUCCAUCGAUGCGAUGCCGAUCGUUCAGAUCGAUGGUUAUGAAGGAGAGUGUGUGAUCUGUUUGGAGGAGUGGAAGUCCGAUGAGAUGGUGAAGGAGAUGCCGUGUAAGCAUAGGUUUCAUGGUGGAUGUAUAGAGAAAUGGUUAGGGUUUCAUGGGUCGUGUCCUGUUUGUAGGUACGAGAUGCCUGUUGAUGGAGAUGAGGUUGGGAAGAAAAGAAACGAUGGGAGUGAGAUUUGGGUUAGGUUUAGUUUCAACGAUGGUCCGAGAAUUAGAGAUUCUUCUGGUCAGGAAGGUGGAAACAACGAUGGUGAUGGUAACACUAUUGGAUCUAGCACAAGACCUGUUGUUGAGUCCGAGGAUUAGGAUUUUACAUAAGAAGCUUUUGUAAAAACUUGUGCCUUUUUUUGUUUGGUUUCUUUUUGUUCUUGUUUUUGGGAGAAAUUGAUGAGCAUUUUUUUCUUUUCCCAUGAAAAUUUGGUUUUUAGGUUUCUUUCUUUUGGUUUGCUUCUUCGUUUAAUUUCUUGAAUUCGUGUAUUAGAAGUUAGGGAUUUUCAAUAACUCUUUUAGUUUUCUA